AUGUCGCAUACAGGUACUUUUAGGGGAACACCCAAUAAGACUAUCGGGCGACGAGGACUGCCCGACUUUGAAUCCCCCGGCACUUCUCACAUCCCCCGACCCCCCCGUUCGGACCGUCCAGAAUCUUCCCUUACCCACAACUCUACCCAUACCCCGUCUAGCGACGUCGGAAGCGGCACCAUGAGCGCCGCCAGCAGCAGACAGAGACAGAACCAGUCGAAGCGUGAUGAGGCUAUCCGCCGCAAGAUGGAGGCCGACCUCAACAAAAAGAGGCAUAACCCGAAUAAGGCGAGAGGCUCCCGCAAGGCCCCUCCAGGUACCGUCCUUGCCCUGAAACCCAGCCAAGCUCUUCAGAUUAAGCCGUCCAUGAGCAUCGCGGAAGCAGCACAGCUGAUGGCCGCCAAACGGGAGGACUGUGUUUUGGUUACCGAUGAUGAUGACCGAAUCGCCGGUAUCUUCACCGCAAAGGAUCUGGCAUUCCGCGUGGUCGGCCUGGGCUUGAAAGCACGCGAGGUUUCGGUCAACGAGAUCAUGACCAAGAACCCUCUUUGUGCGCGAACCGAUACCAGCGCUACCGAUGCGCUCGACCUGAUGGUUCGGAAAGGAUUCAGACACCUUCCGGUUAUGGACGAAAACCAGGACAUUUCGGGUGUUUUGGAUAUCACCAAGUGCUUCUACGAUGCCAUGGAGAAGUUGGAACGUGCCUACAGCUCCUCCCGAAAGCUUUACGACGCUCUGGAGGGCGUCCAGACGGAACUUGGCUCGAGCCAGCCCCAGCAGGUCAUCCAGUACGUGGAGGCACUGCGAUCUAAGAUGUCCGGACCUACCCUUGAGACCGUUCUCGACGGUAUGCCGCCUGUCACCGUCUCUGUGCGGACCUCCGUCAAGGAGGCUGCGGCCAUGAUGAAGGAGCACCACACCACUGCCCUGCUUGUGCAGGACCAGGGCUCUAUCACCGGUAUCUUCACCAGCAAGGACAUUGUCCUGCGUGUUAUUGCCCCCGGUCUUGACCCGGGAACUUGCAGCGUUGUCCGCGUUAUGACUCCUCACCCCGAUUUUGCCCCGUCCGACAUGAGCAUUCAAGCUGCUCUCCGCAAGAUGCAUGAUGGCCACUACCUCAACCUGCCCGUCAUGAAUGAGGGCGGCGAAAUUGUUGGCAUGGUGGAUGUGCUAAAGCUCACCUAUGCCACUCUGGAGCAAAUCAAUACCAUGCAGACCCACGAUGAUGAAGGGCCCGCCUGGAACAAGUUCUGGCUCUCCAUGGACAACGAGUCUGACUCGAUGGUUUCUGGCGGCCAGAGCCAGCAGCCGCAUACGCCCCAUCGCUCCGUCAUGAGCCCCGAUAUGUUACGGUCAGGCUACGAUAACAGUGUUCUUCCUAAUGACUCUGCGUCUCACAAUGGCGAAGAGCACUCCGAGGUUGCCUCGCAGCACCACCAGCACCAAGCUGAGGACGCUCCAUUCCCCUUCAAGUUCAAGGCUCCCAGUGGCCGUGUGCACCGUGUGAAUGUGUUGACUGCCUCGGGUGUUACCGAUCUGGUCGCGCAGGUGACUGCCAAGCUGGGUGCAGAGCUUGAGGCUGUUGGUGGUGAAGCCGUGGUUGAGGAGGGCCGUCUCAGCAACACCGGAUACGCUCUCAGCUACAUGGACAACGAGGGCGACACAGUUUCCAUCACCACCGACCAGGACAUGGUCGAUGCUAUUCAUCUUGCCCGCCGGACUCAUCGUGAUAAGGUGGAUCUCUUUGUCCACGACCCUACUCAGCCGCCCAUUCCCGCCACCCUUGACCCGCAGCCUGCCAAACCGGCCACCCCUGCCACCCCUAUCAUCGAGGAGCACAGCAGCCCUAUCCCAGAGCAAGUCCCCGAAGAGCCUCUUCUGAGCAAGGCUCGGGCCUUCCCCUCGCACUCGCCCGAGGAGCAAUUCAUCAACGGAGUACCCAACGACCUGCUUCUUCCUGGAGCGAUUGUCACCCUCGCUGCCGUCAUUGCGGGUGUGUUCAUUCUCAGCCGGCCCAGCGGUCGUUAA